AUGUUGAGGGACCUCAAGUUCUUGCGGCGAAAUUCUGGGCAGAAUGAAACGGAGAAUGUGCCAGUGAAUCCAAAGGAUUCAUUGGGUCCUCAGGUUGGGGUGGAUUUAUCGUCCAGGCCACCUUUAAAUGUAAUUCAAGAACCCACCCAGAUUUCUAAAGGAGUUGUAGAUCAAGAAUUCAGUGUUAGGGCUAACAAGAUUGAUAGAACCCCUACAAAGUCCAAGGGUGCAACCCCAAUGCACCUGCGUACACCUGAAAAGCAUGGAAUGAAGCAUAGAUUUGGUUGGACCCAGAAAGGUGAUUCAAGUUCAGCAGCUUCAGAAUCGAAGGAUGAGGGAAAGGUUGAUAUUAGUGGCAAUACUAGUCAGUUAAGGUCCUUGGCGAAUUUCAUAACUCCUAGGCCUAGUAGGCCAGUUGGGAAGGCUAAUUCCGAGUGUAGUUCGACUCAAAGCACACCUACCAAGAGUGUGAGCAAGCCCCCAAAUCCAGGGUUCUCUUUGGCUAGUGGUUCUAGGCUUCCAAGUAGUGGGGGCGGUUCUCGUAUGUCUAAUUUUUCGGCACUGUCUAAAGGGAUACCGAUCUCUUGUAAUUCUGUCACUGUUGUAAAUACUGUUGAAGUUCCACGAUUUGAGCUCAAAGAAGAUCCCUCAUUCUGGUUGGAACACAAUGUACAAGUUUUGAUUCGAGUGCGGCCCCUGAACAAUGCAGAGAAAGGCAAUUCUGGUUAUGCUCGUUGCCUGAAGCAGGAAAGUGCACAAAGCAUCACAUGGAUAGGGCAACCUGAAACGCGAUUCACAUUUGAUCAUGUUGCCUGUGAAUCAAUAGAUCAGGAAACACUUUUCAGGAUGGUUGGUCUGCCAAUGGUGGAGAAUUGCUUAUCUGGGUACAAUAGCUGUAUGUUUGCUUAUGGACAGACAGGAAGUGGGAAGACUCACACUAUGUUAGGUGACAUUGAAGAUCUGGAGAUUAAGCCCAGCUUGAACCGUGGUAUGACACCGCGAAUAUUUGAGUUCUUGUUUGCCCGGAUCAGAGCUGAAGAGGAAAGCCGUCAGGAUGAAAAAUUACGAUAUCAUUGCAAGUGUUCCUUUUUGGAGAUUUACAAUGAACAGAUUACUGAUCUUCUUGAUCCUUCAUCAACAAACUUGCUGUUGCGUGAGGAUAUGAAGAAAGGUGUCUACGUUGAAAAUUUAUCAGAGUUCGAAGUCCAGACUGUUGGCGACAUUAUUAGACUAUUGAGACAGGGUUCUUCAAACAGAAAAGUUGCUGCUACCAAUAUGAACAGAGAAAGCAGCCGCUCUCAUAGUGUUUUUACUUGUGAAAUUGAAAGUAGGUGGGAGAAGGAUUCCACAUGUAACUUCCGUUUUGCAAGGCUGAACCUUGUUGAUCUUGCUGGCUCUGAAAGGCAAAAGACUUCUGGUGCUGAAGGCGAGCGUCUAAAGGAGGCUGCAAACAUCAACAAAUCAUUAUCAACUCUUGGUCAUGUAAUAAUGGUUCUAGUUGAUGUGGCAAAUGGGAGGCCGAGGCAUGUUCCUUACAGAGAUUCAAGAUUGACUUUUCUACUUCAGGAUUCUUUAGGUGGGAACUCAAAGACAACAAUAAUAGCUAAUGUCAGCCCUUCAAUUUGUUGUGCUGCUGAAACUCUAAACACUCUAAAGUUUGCUCAGCGUGCGAAGCUAAUUCAGAAUAAUGCUGUCGUGAAUGAAGAUUCCUCAGGGGAUGUUGUUGCAUUACAGAGCCAAAUACGGCUUCUCAAGGAGGAGCUUUCUCUUCUCAAACGUCAAAAUGUAUCCAGAGCUUUGUCAUUUGGUCCUGUGGAUCCAGCAUAUAAAUUAUAUGAAGUUGACGACAGUUGCUCUGAAGAUCCAGUUGCGACAGAUUUACGCACUCAUUCACUCAACAAAGAGCCGAAAGGAAGUCUGAGACUAUCUACAAGACAGUUCAAGACAUUGGAGAGUACACUUGCUGGUGCUCUAAGAAGAGAACAGAUGGCAGACAUAUCCAUCAAACAGCUUGAAGCUGAGAUUGAGCAGCUGAACCGUCUGGUCCAGCAAAGGGAGGAAGAUACCAGGUGCACAAAGAUGAUGCUGAAAUUCAGAGAAGACAAAAUUCAAAGAAUGGAAUCUCUUGUUGGUGGGUUAAUACCUCCCGAUGUUUUUCUGGUGGAAGAAAACAGUAUGCUGGCCAACGAGAUUCAGUUGCUUCGAGCUAAAGUGGAAAAGAACCCAGAAGUCACUCGCUUUGCUCUUGAGAAUAUUAGGCUUCUGGAACAACUUCGAAGGUUUCAAGACUUCUAUGAGGAAGGGGAGAGAGAGAUGCUUUUAGCCGAGGUUUCUCAGCUCCGAGAUCAGUUCAUUCUUUCACUUGAUGGAAACUUGAAGCAACAUCCUCAAGAGGCAAAUAUUUCCAAGGAAAAUAUUUCACUUCAGCAGGAGUUGAAAAAGACCCAAGGUGAGCUAGAGGAGUGCAGGAAUAACCUCAACCGUUGUUUGGAAUACAAUAACAAGCUCAACAGAGAAGUUGAGAACUUGCGUUUAUCCCUGAACUUUGGUAGAUCUUUGGAGGAUGAUCAUGAUAGCAGUACUGAAGUUAUUAAGGAGUCUAUAUCGGAAGCUCCAUCUUUUACUAACCAAUCAAUGGUGGCUCUUCGAAAUGAGAAGAAAGAAACUUUGCAAGGGAAAAUGAAAGAACCCUUGGAAGAAGUUUUGGAUUUACAACUGGAGCUGGAUAUUCUGAAAAUUAUUCUAAAAGAAGAGAGAUCAACUCGUUAUGAAAUGGAGGAAAGGGCACAGGCCUGGCUCAAAGAUCUUAAUUUGUCUAAGGAACGGGCUCUUUUCUUCGCAGAACAAAGUGAAGCAUUGAGAGAACAACUUAAAGAAGCAAAAGCCAUCAUUGAAGCUUUAGAGUGCCAACAACUUCUAUCAAUUAAUGAGCUUGAGGAUCUCAGGAACAACAACUGCCAUUUUGGAGAAAAAUUGCACAAGCAAGAGCUUGAACUUUCUUCUUUAAAGGCACAAAAACACCGUCAAGUGUUCAGAAAGAUUUCGUCUUGUCAACUCUCGGAAAAUGAAGAUUCUCCAAUGGAAAAAAGAUUAAACAAGAUGCACGAUUCUCUGGAGAAGGCCAAGAGACUAAAUAAGAGAUACCAAAGUGAUAAAGCAUUUCAGGCUUCACAUGAAGAAGAAAUGGAUGAGGUCCGCAUGCAGGUUGAGGCUGAAACUGCUGAGGUCAUCAUGUGUUUGCAGGAAGAACUUUCUCUUCUUCAGGAAGAAGUCCAAGCUAGUAACCUGAAACAACUGGAGAGCAAAGAAACUUUGACACUUCUUCAAACUCAAAUGAAAGACUUGGAGGAAAAACUAUCUGCCCUUACCAAUGAAAAUACAAGACUGAACAACUUGUUAGAGAGCAAAGAUAGCGAAUUAACAAAUUUUUCUGAAGAAUGGGAACUUCUGACAAGUGAAAUUGAAGCUGUUCUCCAAGGUGGGCAUGAGUCCCUUAACGAUGCCUCCGAUGAGUUAUAUGCCAUUUCAAGUUCCUUUCCCCAGAAAAGGAGUUGGAUCUCUGGACAAUUCGACAAGAUGGCAAAAUGCAAUUUUGAAAAAGAGUUGAUUAUUGAGGAGCUCAACCACUAUCUAGAGGAUGCAUCCAAUAAAAGGAAGGACAUGGACUGCAUGCUGAAUUCAUUGAGAGGAGCCGCUAUGGUUAUGACUGAAGCUCACCAGCAAGAGUGCUGUCAAAAAGACCAAGAAAUAUUCUUUUUAACUUCACAGUUGACUGCCGAAACGUCGACAGUUUCAGAGCUGAAGGAAAAAAUAAUGCGUGGGGAAGACCAACUUCGGAAAACAUCAACCUGUGCUACAGUUGCUUUUGUUAUGGUUAACAGGUUGUCUGAGUUGAACUCUAAAUAUCUUGAUGAAUUAAAGUACAAGGACGUUCAGCUGAUGGAACUUGCAGAUGCAAAUGUUGGUAAGGAUAAUAUUAUCCAGCGUCAGGCUUCAUUGGUUGAUGACACGGAAAGGCAGAUUCAGUCUCUAAGGAAAGACAAAGAAGCCCUGGAGUCUAGCUGUAGUGAUCUGGGGAGGAAGCUAUCUGAAGAACAGAAUCGUGCUGAUGCUUUGGGGCAGGAGCUACAAGAGUAUGAAGAAAAUACUAUCUUGAGAACUGGAGAGAAACUCAAAGAGUUACAGAAUGGUGUGUCAGAAGUGAGAUCAUGCAUCAAGGAUUAUGUGCAGGGAGAUGGAAGUUCUGCAAGAGCUGAUCCUACAGAGGACUCUUCUUGUCUGUCUAACGAUGAGAAUGAUGAAAUACGGACAGGUACCAAGAGAAUUACAGAUGCCAACUAUCUUGCCGACAUAGGUAAACAUAAGGAUGAAAAUUCAAUUAAUCGGAAGAAUUUGGAGCGUCGAAGCAAAUUGAAGGAUGUAAACAACAGAGACGCAACCAUUAUGCUUCUGAAGAAAGAAAUAGAAUCAGCACUUGAAAGUCUGAACGGGGUGCAAGCUGAGAUUGCUGAAUUGCGAUCAGAGAAAAAAAGGUUCUCCAUCUCCGAAAAAGAGAGUCAGAGGGGCAUCGAGUCCAUACUUGGUCAGGUACUUGCUCUGAGCAAUGCCAUGGAUUAUCUUGAUAAGGAAUUUAAUAUCAAGAUUAAUGCUCUGGAAGGAAAGCUACAGGGCUUUGAUAGAGUUUUACAAUGCUCUUGCGAUUCCUGGUUCGAGCAAAAAGAGUUGCUUGAGGUGGAGCUUGAUGAUGCAAGGGUAAUUUCAACACAGAAGGACACAGAAGCUUCCUGCAUUCUUGCGAAGUUUGAAGAGGUCCAAAACACUAUGAAAGAUGCUGAUAUAAUAAUAAAUGAAUUGAUGAUCGCAAAUGAAACCUUGAAGCUCGAAGUUUCAGAGAUGAAGAAGAAAGAAACUUUACUAGUUCGCGAGAGAGACUCCCUGAUCAACAAAGUUCAAAGAUUGGAGUUCACAAAUGGUCAGAAGGACGGACAGCUUCAAGAGAUGGAACAUCGUUCAAAAUCAGACAUUGAAAUGAUGAGCAACUUGAUGCAAGAGUUGGAGCAUAUAGUUUCUCAGGUUCAAAUGGCUUCGAUGGAACACUGUUCAUCUAUUGCCUCUGAUUGCCUUUCCAUAAAAGCUCUAUUUCUUGAUUCCAUGGAACAAUUGAGCUCUUACCUUGAGGAGAUAUGGUCUGAGAUUAUACUGAAGGACACUGCCAUUUCAGUUCUGCAUCUCUGUCAUAUGGGAAUUGUCUUAGAAGCGGUGACGGGUUUGAAUGCAGAAAAAGGUCUACUUUCUCAUGGGCUAGAGGAGUCAAAUACAGUUAUAUCUAAGUUGCGAAAUCAAAAUGUUCAGUCAAUUAGAGAGCUCGAGAGUUGCAGGACUCUUGAAGGGAAGUUAUUGGCUGACAUCAAAAAUGGUUUUGACCGUAUUUCAAGAAAAGAAGAUGAAACUGGGGAACUUCGGCUCAAACUAACAGCUUUUGAGCGUAAAAUAUCAGAUCUACAGUUUGAAGAAGAGUUAAUGAUACAAAGGUCUAAUAGCAUUGGAGCUGAAUUUACAACUCUGAUGAAGGAUCUGGAUCUCAAUAACAGAGACAUGCUGGAGUCUUUUCAAGAUCAUGAAAGAUUGUUAAAGGAAAAAGAGGAGUUACUUCAAUCCAGAGAGGAAUGUUUCUUGGUGGAAAUGUGUGCCAAAGAUAUUGAACUGUUAAUCUUGUCAGUGCAGUUGGAACAAGUGAAUGCUAUUAAUGCUGAUGUGGAGAAAGCACAAUUAAAUUCUUGUGAAGCCUUUGAGACUUGUAAGGAAGCAUUAGUUCUACAAAUAAUUGAUGCAAGCCUAACCCAGUUAAUUUUGAAGGAGAGAGAAGUUGAACUUGGUUUGGUGCAUAACAACUUUGACAAGACAGGGAAGGAGCUCCAAGAUUUGCUGUCAAAGCUUGAGACAAGGAACGCAACAAUUGCCCAAAUGGAAGGCCUAAAUAGAACUCUUCUUUCUGAUGUGGAGUCAUUAAAACAUGUUGAAGCUCUGAAUGAUGAUCUAAAAGUUCGUCUUGAUGAAGCGAUGGAAGCUAAGCAACUCCUUUCAUUGCAGGUUGAUAAGCUUAAGCCUGAAUGUGAGAAACUGAUUGAAGAGAAGAAAAUGAUGGAAGUUGCUCUAGAAGUUUCUUCUGGACAAGUAUCUUCUCUUGAGGAGCAAAACAAGAAGUUGCAAAAUGACAACUAUCUGUUGGAAUCAACCUAUCUCCAACUUCAAAAUAAGUUGGAUACAACUGAUUCAGAACUAAGAAAACUGAGCUGCAUCGAGCAGGAGGAGAAGUCAUUGCAGGCUGAGAUUUUGAAGGUAAAGGAGGAGUACCGCUUGCUUCUUCAGGACUUGGAGAAUAAGAAAGAUGACCUUGAAGCAUCUUCAAGAGAGAAAGAGAUCCAACUUCAUGAUAACCAGGCAUUGCGAUGCAGAAAUUCUUUAUUAGAAAAUCAGGCUGCCGCACUGCAGACGGAAUUAGAUUUAGCAAAAGCAAAGGCACAUGAACUACAACUUCAUGAAUCUGUUGCCAAAGAUGACAUGCUAUCAACCAUCCAGGAUUUGCAAGCCCAAGUUUUUAGAUUCACGGAUUUCCAAGAGGAAAAUGCUAUUUUAAGAGAUGAACUAAGAGGACAAAUGAACCAGAAGCAGGAGUAUCUAAGUGCAUUAAGCCUCAAACUGGCUAAAAGUCUCAAUUCCAUGGAAAAUGUACAAGCUUCAUGUGGCAAUAUGUCCUACUUAGUGACUGCAGAAGCUACUGUGUUAGAUAACAUGUUUGAAGAGUUACGUGUUGGAUUUGGAAGGAUAUCAAGGUUUUUAGAGGAGUUUGAGUAUCUGGAGAAUCUGGCUAAGGAAUUGACUUCCGAAACAGACACUCUGAAAACUGAGUUGUCUAGGAAAGAUGAUAUUCUUAACGGUCUCUUGUUUGAUAUGAGCACGUUGCAGGAGUCUGCAUCCAUUUCUAUGGAUCAAAAAGAGGAAAUUGGCUUGCUAUUGGCUUCUGUGGAUGCUCUGGAAAAGGAACUCAAAUUAAAAUCUGCCAAUCUUGAUGAAACUGUUGCAAAGGUCCGAGGCCUCGAUGCUCAACUUAAGGAAAAGAUAUGCAUGAUUUCUGCUCUAGAGAAAGAUACAUCUGAACAACAAGAAAGAGUUUUGUCAUUGACGAGUCUAAAUGCUGAUCUGCUAGCCAAAAUGGAAGAUGGUUUGAAAGCUAUGAAGUCUAUGGAGGAGGAGUUAGUUGAUAAAAGAAAGGUCAUUGAGGACCUGGAAGCGGAGAUAGUCAAAACAGAAGCCGUUCUUCAUGAAACGAGCUGUAAGGUUGAGUCCUUGCAGAGAAAGUUGAAUGAUGUUACCGCUGAGAGGGAUGAUCUGCAUGAGAAAGUCCUUGUUUUGAAGCAAGAGCUUGAGAUGACACAUUCCGUAGCUGAAGAAGCUCAAGAGAUGGCCGAAAUUAGAAAGUUACACAUUGAAGACAAAGAAGAGGAGGUCAAGCUGUUAGAGCGUUCUGUUGAAGAGCUGGAAUCUACUGUGAAUGUUCUUGAAAACAAGGUCGAAAUUCUCAAAGGAGAAGCUGAAAGACAACGAUUAGAGAGGGAGGAGCUUGAAAUAGAGCUUCAAGCCAUCAGAGGACAAAUGCAGAGUGUCAAUAAAUACGAUGCUGAUAUGAAAAGGAAACUUGAUGAUAGAGAGAGGAUCCUUGAAGAGACCUGCCAGCGUGUACAAUUUCUUGAGAAAGAAAUAGCGGCAAGAGAUGCAGAGAUCACCAGAUGCAAGGUUCACAUAUCCGAGCUUAAUUUGCAUGCAGAAGCACAGGGUUCUGAGUACAAGCAGAAGUUCAAGGUAUUAGAAGCCAUGCUGGAACAAGUCAAGCAAGAAGUUCCGGCCAACAUUAUUGCAAACUCAUCAGCAAAUAAAUUAGAGAAGAAUGCUUCAAAGCCUAGGGGUUCUGGUUCCCCUUUUAAAUGCAUUGGCCUAGGUAUAGCUCAACAGAUAAAGUCUGAGAAAGAAGAGGAGCUCAGUGCCAGAAGACAGCGCAUUGAAGAACUAGAGGCCCUAGCUGCGAGUAGGCAAAAAGAGAUAUUCAUGCUGAAUGCAAGAUUAGCUACUGCAGAAAGUAUGACUCAUGAUGUCAUUCGUGAUUUGUUGGGUUUGAAGUUGGACAUGAAUAGUUGCGCGACUUUGCUGGAUAAUAAGCAAGUGCAAAUGCUCAUGGAUAAGGCUCAGUUACAUAAUGUUCAGGAAGAAGAAGUUAUUAAGCUUAAGCAGCAGCUAAAUGAAUUCAUCAAAGAACGGAAAGGAUGGAUAGAGGAAAUGGACAGGAAACAAGCUGAGAUGGUAACAGCACAAGUUGCAUUGGAAAAACUGCUCCAGAGAGAUCAACUUUUGACAACUGAAAAUGAUAUUUUGAAGGUGGAGAGUACAAACUAUAGGAAAAGGGUUACAGAACUUGAAACUGAAGUAAAGAAGCUGUCGGGUCAGCAAAAUCUCCAACAGCGUAUCCAUCACCAUGCUAAAAUCAAGGAAGAAAACAAUAUGUUGAAAUGUCAGAAUGAUGAGCUUUCUAUGAAGCUGCGAAAAACGGAGGGUUUGCUUUUACGAGUGAAUCAAGAAUUGGCUCACUAUCGUGCUGCUGAUGGGAAAGGUCCUUCAAUCAACUUUGAUGAAGAGCAAAGGUUAAACAAUAAAUUGAAGGAGACAGAGACAGAGAGAUUUCAAUUAGCUCAAGAGCUGAUCAGCUUGUGUACCAGCAUACUAAAGGUCAGUUCAAAGAAUCUCAUGCCAAGAAGAUUCACACAAGCGUUUUUAGAUCAUAUCUUCCAGAGUUUUGACACAUCUAGUUUGAAUUAA